UAAUGCUUCGAAUUCUAUUAUUUUGUUAAAUUUGGGUCAUUAAAUUCCUGGCUUCUCCAGUUCAGUGGCGGGAGGGAGCUUAUCUCCGAGUGAAUCCGAGGAGCCGCCUUGUUUAGACCGCCAUGUACAUCAAACAGGUCAUCAUCCAGGGCUUCAGAAGUUACAGGGACCAGACUGUGGUCGACCCCUUCAGUCCGAAGCACAAUGUCAUCGUUGGAAGAAAUGGGUCAGGAAAAAGUAACUUUUUCUAUGCCAUCCAGUUUGUGCUCAGUGAUGAGUUCAGCCACCUGCGACCCGAACAGCGCCUGGCCCUGCUCCACGAGGGAACUGGUCCUCGUGUCAUUUCAGCUUUUGUGGAGAUUAUAUUUGACAACUCUGACAACCGACUGCCGAUCGACAAGGAGGAAGUCUCCCUUCGCCGCGUCAUUGGCGCAAAGAAGGACCAGUACUUCUUAGACAAGAAGAUGGUUACUAAGAAUGACGUCAUGAAUCUUCUGGAGAGUGCUGGCUUCUCCCGCAGCAACCCUUACUACAUCGUCAAGCAGGGAAAGAUCAACCAAAUGGCCACAGCGCCCGACUCCCAGCGUCUGAAGCUGCUGAGAGAGGUGGCGGGGACACGGGUGUAUGAUGAGCGCAAGGAGGAGAGUAUUUCGCUGAUGAAGGAGACGGAGGGGAAGCGAGAGAAGAUCAAUGAGCUGUUGAAGUACAUUGAGGAGCGUCUCCACACCCUGGAGGAUGAGAAAGAGGAGCUGGCUCAGUACCAGAAGUGGGACAAGAUGAGAAGAGCCCUGGAGUACACCAUCUACAACCAGGAGCUGAAUGAAACCCGCGCCAAGCUGGAUGAGCUGACAAGCAAGAGAGAGACCUGCGGAGACAAAUCCAGACAGCUGCGUGAUGCUCAGCAAGAUGCCCGAGACAAAGUCGAGGAUACGGAGCGUGUUGUGCGAGAUCUGAAGUCCAAGAUCUCUGCCAUGAAGGAGGAAAGAGAGCAGCUGUCGGCCGAUCGCCAGGAGCAGAUCAAGCAGAGGACCAAGCUCGAGCUGAAGACCAAGGACCUGCAGGACGAGCUGGCAGGCAACAGCGAACAGAGGAAACGUCUGCUGAAGGAGCGGCAGAAGCUGCUGGAGAAAAUCGAGGAGAAGCAAAAAGAGCUGCAGGAGACUGAGCCCAAAUUCAACAUGGUGAAGGAGAAAGAGGAGCGCGGCAUAUCCAGACUGGCCCAGGCGACGCAGGAGAGGACCGACCUGUACGCCAAGCAGGGCCGUGGCAGCCAGUUCACCUCUAAAGAAGAGAGGGACAAGUGGAUCAAGAAGGAGCUGAAGUCUCUGGACCAGGCCAUCAAUGAUAAGAAGAGGCAGAUCGCAGCCAUCCACAAAGACCUGGAGGACACCGAGACCUGCAAGGAGAAGAACCUCGAGCAGUACACUAAACUCGAUCAAGACCUAAGUGAAGUCAAGACGCGCGUUGAGGAGCUGGACAAAAAGUAUUACGAAGUCAAGAACCGGAAAGACGAGCUGCAGAGCGAAAGAAACUACCUGUGGCGUGAGGAGAACGCAGAGCAGCAGGCCCUGUCUGCCAAACGAGAGGACCUGGAGAAGAAACAGCAGCUCCUUCGAGCGGCAACUGGCAAGUCCAUUCUCAACGGAAUUGACAGCAUCAACAAAGUCCUUGAGCAUUUCCGUCGGAAGGGCAUCAACCAGCACGUCAUCAACGGUUACCACGGCAUCGUCAUGAAUAACUUUGAGUGUGAGCCCGCCUUCUACACGUCUGUGGAGGUGACUGCUGGUACCAGACUGUUCUAUCACAUUGUGGAGACUGACGAGGUCAGCACCAAAAUACUGAUGGAGUUCAACAAAAUGAACCUGCCUGGAGAAGUCACAUUCCUGCCCCUGACCAAGCUGGACGUCAGGGACACGUCCUACCCAGAGACCAACGACGCCAUCCCCAUGAUCAGCAAGCUGCGGUACAGCAACCCCUUUGACAAGGCCUUCAAGCACGUGUUCGGGAAGACUCUGAUUUGUCGCAGCAUGGAAGUUUCCACCCAGCUGGCCAGAGCUUUCACCAUGGACUGUAUAACUCUGGAGGGCGACCAGGUGAGCCACCGGGGAGCUCUGACGGGAGGCUACUACGAUACCAGAAAGUCUCGCCUGGAGCUGCAGAAAGACAUGAGGAAGGCUGAGGAGGAGCUGUGUGCGCUGGAGGCCAAGCUCAAUGAGAACCUGCGCAGGAACAUUGAACGCAUCAACAAUGAGAUCGACCAGAUGAUGAACCAGAUGCAGCAGAUCGAGACGCAGCAGAGGAAGUUCAAGGCGUCCAGAGACAGUAUUAUGUCCGAGAUGAAGAUGCUGAAGGAGAAGAGACAGCAGUCGGAGAAGACGUUCAUGCCCAAGCAACGCAGUCUCCAAAGUCUCGAGGCCAGUCUCCACGCCAUGGAGUCCACCAGGGAGUCCCUGAAGGCCGAGCUGGGUACAGAUCUGCUCUCUCAGCUCAGCCUGGAGGACCAGAGGCGCGUCGAUGACCUCAACGACGAGAUCCGUCAACUCCAGCAGGACAACCGGCAGCUGUUGAAUGAGAGGAUUAAGCUGGAGGGCAUCAUGACCCGAGUGGAAACGUAUCUCAACGAGAACUUGCGGAAGCGUCUUGACCAAGUGGAGCAGGAGCUAAAUGAGCUGCGAGAGUCUGAGGGCGGCACGGUGCUCACAGCCACGACGUCCGAGCUGGAGAGCAUCAACAAACGUGUCAAGGAGACUCUGUCGCGAUCGGAAGAUCUGGAUAUUCUGGUCGACAAGACGGAGAUCGAGAUCAAGGACCACAUAAAGAGCAUGGAGCGCUGGAAGAACAUCGAGAAGGACCAGAACGACGCCAUCAACCACGACACCAAGGAGCUGGAGAAGAUGACCAACAGGCAGGGCAUGCUGCUCAAGAAGAAAGAGGAGUGCAUGAAGAAGAUCCGAGAGCUCGGCUCGCUGCCUCAGGAGGCCUUUGAGAAGUACCAGACCCUCACGCUCAAACAGUUGUUCCGGAAGCUGGAGCAGUGCAACACGGAGCUGAAGAAGUACAGUCACGUCAACAAGAAGGCUCUGGACCAGUUUGUCAACUUCUCGGAGCAGAAGGAGAAGUUGAUCAAGCGCCAGGAGGAGCUGGACCGCGGCCACAAAUCCAUCAUGGAGCUCAUGAACGUCCUGGAGCUGCGCAAGUACGAGGCCAUCCAGCUCACCUUCAAACAGGUGUCAAAGAACUUCACUGAGGUGUUCCUGAAGCUGGUCCCAGGCGGCAAGGCGACGCUGGUGAUGAAGAAGGGCGACGUUGAAGGCAGCCAGUCUCAAGACGAGGGCGAGGGAGGUGCAGAUGGCGAGAAGGGCUCCGGGUCACAUAGCAGCGUCCCUUCAGUGGACCAGUUCACUGGAGUCGGCAUCAGGGUGUCGUUCACAGGGAAGCAGGGCGAGAUGAGAGAGAUGCAGCAGCUGUCUGGAGGCCAGAAGUCUCUGGUGGCUCUGGCCCUGAUAUUCGCCAUUCAGAAGUGUGACCCGGCCCCUUUCUACCUGUUUGACGAGAUCGAUCAGGCCCUCGACGCCCAGCACAGGAAGGCCGUCUCAGACAUGAUCGUGGAGCUCGCAAGCCACGCCCAGUUCAUCACCACCACCUUCAGGCCCGAGCUGCUGGAGUCUGCCGACAAGUUCUACGGCGUCAAAUUCAGAAACAAGGUGAGUCACAUUGACGUGAUCACAGCGGAGCAGGCUAAAGACUUUGUGGAGGAUGACACCACCCAUGGUUAAUAGUCCCCAGCGCUUCAUCCUCCUCCUCCUCCUCCUCUACGGUGCACUGCGUAGCUCAAAACCUUUCACAACGAGGCCCAAAGACAGAAAUAUCUCCCGCGACCCACCAGCCCUUUUUUUUCUUCUCGUCUUUCUUUAAGAUCAACAGUGCAGUGAGUCUUAUGCUUCUCACACCAUCUCCAAAGGUUGAAGUUUAAUUGGAAGAAAAAACGUUUUGAUAACACCAUCGCUCGAAAUUACUCAUAUUUGACAUCAUUCCAGGCUGAUGAAACUUCAAAUUUGAGAAAUAUCCGUUUUUUGUUGUUGAAAAUCUGCGUGCGGGAGACGUUUGUUUUGGCACAUUUUCCUGCAUCGCCGUGUCUCUGUGUGUAUCGCCCACGCUGGAGUUACAGGACAAACAGACGUGUAAUUGUUUUACACUGAAAAAUCAUUUUCUCUCGAGAGGUCCUGAAGAGAGCAACAACACCUUUUUGUCCUACUUUAUUAAAUUGUUCUGGUAAACUAAAGUUUCGAGCUGAUUUUUGGUUUAUCUGUCAUUUAUAAAAUGCCAGAGACGCUCCAAAAGGUGACGAACCUUCAGGACCUUUUCUGGAGGCGAAUCCUCUUGUGUACAGUUGAGUGUUUUGUUAUGACUUGGAUCAGUGGAGGUGGGCGGGGCCUCCAGCUGAUUUUUUUGUAUUUUUGUUGCCACUCUUGCUAAAAGAGUCUUUGUUCCCACUGAGGUUUCUGUAAUGUAAACUCUUUAUACUCUUUGAAACGAUGCUACCGUGUAUCUGUCAUAACCGGCCACGUGGUUUAAAAAUGUUCAAAGGUUGUGGUUACUUUUUAUGGUUGUUGCUGUAUUGUGUAAUUUCCUGUUUUUUAGGUAAUUUAAAUAUAUGAAAGUUUUAAUUCCAUAACACCAGAUAUCCAUUGUGGAAAGCAACCCAGCUUCACGGACUUCAUCGUUCAAUAUUCAUCAUUCAAUAUAUUAAAAAGCAAAAGUGAUUCGGAGAUGGAGUAUUUUAGUUUGGGUCAUGACGUUACUCGUUGUAAUUGAUCAUUUCCUUCCUGGAUAUUUUGUUUGGGAUUAAACUCCUCAUAUGUUGCACCUAGUUUUACACACACUUUAUAAAUGUUUUGGUUCAUUUUUAUGUAAUAACAAAACUUUAAAAUAAUAAAAUAAUUUUAAAACAGUCUGUUUCGCUCCACUUAAUACGACCACUAGGUGGUGCUGUGCCAUUGAUACCUGACAUCCUCACUCACUAUAUAAACUUUUAGACAGAAAAGGUUUGAACGGUUGAACUUUUUAGGAAAAAUACAAUGCCUUAUUCAAAAGGAUUUUACAAAAUAAUUGAAAUUGAAUCUAAAAUGUUGCUGCUGAAGGAUUUUUUUUUAUUGCAUACAAAGCAAAUCUGUUCGGAAGUUACCAAAUGCAUCCGAUGUAGAUGUUAAAUAAAAACAUAAUCAACUUGGA